AUGGCGACUAUGGUAUCGAAAACGGAAUGCGUGAUGAACGAGCCGGUGAUGGAAGGUCUGCCUCCUCAAGUUCGAUUUCGCGGUGGCCUAGAGGGACAAAACAAACAACCACAUGAAGCAAGACACGAGCACGAAGCACCAGUACCACACCUCGAGGGGCUCGUUCCCUCCAAAAGAAAGCCAUGGCGAUUCUGGGCUGUCUUUCCAGCGCUGUGUAUGACCACUUUUCUUUCGGCUUUGGACACGUCCAUUCUCUCGACCGCCCUACCCACUAUCGCUCUUGAUAUUGGGGCUGGGGAAUCCUACAUGUGGAUUACAAACUCCUACAUCCUCUCGUCGACGGUGGUUCUGCCACUAUUCGGUCAAAUGGCCAAUAUUUUCGGCCGCCGAUGGCUUAUGAUCAUAUCAGUGGUCAUUUUCGCCAUGGGGAGCGCCAUGGCUGGCGCAGCAAAUAACACGAGUCUGAUCAUUGUGGGACGAACCAUCCAGGGCGUCGGUGGGGGUGGCAUCAACACGCUUGUGGAUAUUGUGAUCUGCGACCUUGUCCCUCUUCGACAGCGAGGAAAAUAUGUAGCUCUUAUGGCAGCCGUGUGGGCGGUGGGGACAGUAGUUGGCCCAGUGCUGGGUGGUGCCUUCGCUCAGUACGUAUCGUGGCGCUGGGUCUUCUACAUCAACUUGCCUUUGAGUGCCGCUUCAAUCAUACUACUUGUGCUAUUUCUUCGCGUUUCGCACCCACGUGGUAGUGGUACCAUAUUGCAUCAGCUUUUGCGUAUUGAUUACAUUGGCAACGCCAUUCUUACGGCCACCGUGGUCUCGGUACUACUGGCGCUCAGUUGGGCAGGGAUUGAUUACCCCUGGAGCUCAUGGCGCAUCCUUGUCCCCCUGAUAUUAGGACUUGCAGGUUUAUUUCUCUUCUAUGCCCAUCAACGGUCACGGUUCUGCCGCGAGCCUUCUAUUCCGAUCCAGUUGUUCUCGAGUGCAACGGCUGUUUGUGCACUGUGGAUAGCUUUUAUUCAAUCUGUAUUGCUAUACUGGGUCGGGUAUUUCCUUCCGAUCUAUUUCCAGGCAAUCCGCAGCUCGACCGCCACAGAAUCCGGACUAUUUGUGCUUCCGAUCACUGCUGCCAUUGCACCCCUUGGUAUCAUUACCGGCGUCUUGAUUGCCGCCACGGGCAAAUACCGGGCUUAUCACUUCCUGGGUUAUAUAUGUCUCACGAUCGCCACUGGCUUGUUCUCUCUGUUGGACGAUCAAUCACCCGCCCGCGAAUGGGCCGGCUUCCAAGUACUAUUCGGCGCGGGCUCGGGAAUGAUCUUUUCUAGUACUUUACCCCCUAUCCAGGCAUCUCUUCCCGAGUCCGAUGUGGCGACUGCAACCUCAACGUGGGCCUUUAUGCGCAGCUUUGGUUGUAUUUGGGGCAUUGCAAUCCCCACCACUGUUUUCAACGCCCGGGUCCAGGAGCUGUUGUAUCGCGUUAGCGAUGUGUCCCUGCGUGGGAAACUUGCUAAUGGGGGCGCAUAUGCGAUGGCUAGUGACGGACUGAUGCGCAGUUUAAAGGAUACGCCGCAAUUAAUGGAAGAAGUACUAAGUGUGUAUCAAGAAAGUUUACAAUGGGUAUGGUGGAUUGCUAUUCCAUUCGGUGGUAUUGGUCUUCUUCUUUGCAUACCAAUUAGGCAACUGGCGCUUAGCGAGGAUUUGCAAACUGAGUUUGGAUUGCAACAAGGGGCAGCCGGGGAGGAAACAAGCCGUAACGUCAACAUUCCGCUACAGACCUCUGCCCGAGUGCUUGCCCAGCAGCAAGGCGCAGCGGAGACUUAA